GAUAAAAAGGGGCUAAAAAUAGACAUAAAAGUUAAUUGGAGAGUAGCAAAUAUAGACGGAAUAACAAUGGAGGGUCUGCUUUCUUACAGAAGCAAUGUCUUGAGGAAUAUAAUGAGAAAGUAAAUGAGAGAGAGAGAAAGAUAGGAAGAAAAUGUUGAUUUCAGAGAUAUUUUUCUGAAAAUGAAGUUUUUUUCCGUAAAACUUUAUCAAUCGAUUUCUAUGAUGAAGAAGGAGAUGAUAGAAGAAGUGGUGAUUAUAGGAGGAUUAGUAAUGGUACAAUUUGUAUACGCAGGCAACUCUUUGCUCAUGAGUUAUUUGAUGUCACUCGGUCUCGGUCCUUUGACCAUUGUCAUCUUCUCUACCUUUGCCACUUUCCUAAUCCUCUCCCCUUUUGCCGUUCUCUUCGAAAGGAAGCAAUGGCCGGAUGAGCUCAGCCCGAGGCUGAUUGGUAAACUAGUUUUGAUCUCCUUUGCAGGGGUUACUCUGUUCCAGACUCUGUUUCUGGAAGGAAUCAGGUUGACAUCACCAGCAAUGGCCACAGCGAUGCCUAAUCUCGCUCCUGGUCUCAUAUUUUUCAUCGCUUGGAUGGUUAGGUUAGAGAAGAUGAAUAUGAAAUGUGUGUACAGCAAACUGAAGAUCUUAGGGACGUUAUUGUGCGUAUUCGGUGCUUUAACAAUGAGCUUAAUGCACAGCGCUUCGAUCAUACAAGAUGAAAAAGAUAAUGCUUCAAUAUUCGUGUUUGAUCGUGAUAGAGUCGUGGGAUGCAUGUACCUUCUCGGAGCUGUCUUCAUCUUAUCCUCCAACGUCGUUCUUCAGGCAUCGACAUUGGCAGAGUUUCCUGCACCAAUAUCGUUAAGUGCGAUAACGUUAUUGAUAGGAGUGGUGAUAACAACAAUGUUACAGUUAUUACAAAACCCGAACACUAAAGUAGUUACAAGAUCAUUAAUUAGCAUCAGUAACCUCGUUGGUUUUUCUCUUCUGGGAGGGAUGGUGAGUGGAGCAUGUGUUAGUUUCAAUGGAUGGGCGAUGAAGAAGCGUGGACCGGUUAUGGUAUCAAUGUUUAGUCCUAUCGCUACCGUUAUUUCGGUUGGCUUCUCCGUUGUUACAUUAGGAGAACCCGUUAGAAUUGGAAGUGUGGGAGGGAUGGCGUUGAUGUUUAUAGGACUGUACCUUGUGUUGUGGGCUAAAGGCAAAGAAGGAUUCUCACAGAUUGAUAGUUUUGAGAGUGAGUAUGACCCUAAGAAGCCUCUAUUGUCUUGAAUCUUGAUCAUCUUUUCAUUAUUAUUUACAUUUUCCCCCUAUCAUUUCAGUUUUUAUACAAAAGAUCAGAUAUUGUAUAUAUUUCUAGUCAACAUUUUACGCUGAACAUAGGAGUAUAUAUAUUUUCCCGUUUUAUAUUUGGUUUCGCAGGGCAUUGAUAGAAGAUGGUGGAUGAAGUGACAAAUCAUUAUCGAAUAACAAAACAAGUUUGUGUUUUUAUAUUGUGUUAGUAUUAUUUCAUAAGUCAUACCGAGUCCACAAAAUAUCAUAAAUAUCAUUUUGAAUAAACCAAAUCUAAGAUAUAAUUAGAGGUUUAGUUAGACAUUUCACCGGUUAACACAAGAUAACACAAAGAAGACCUAACUGUUUCAUCAGAGGACGAAAAUACAAAAAA